AUGACGUCUGAAUCAUCUAAUAGCUCUUCCACUUCUCAACAUCCAGAUGAGAACAAACAAAAUCAACUUCCAGACUCUGAUUCAAACAAGUCAUCAAUUGACUUUGUGAAUCUAUCGAAAGAUGAUUUGGAUCGUGGGUCUAAAGUGCAAGAGCACAACUUUUUUAGCCCUGACCAAGUUGGUUCUUCAUCUUCUGCAAAGUUUUAUUCAUGCUCUUACUGCAAGGGCCAAUAUUCUUCUUUACAAGCAUUAGGUGGGCAUCAAAAUGCUCACAAAGCAGAACGUGCGUUACACAUGCAACAUAUUAAACAAAGGUAUGAAGGUGGUGCUUUUAAUUUAGGGCAACCUCGUUUUAACCCUUAUUUAAAUUAUCCUAUUACUCCCUUUCCAACUUAUAACUACUAUAGGCCACUUGGAAUUAGAAUGGAGUCAAUGAUUCAAAAAUCACCCUAUUUUGGCCCUAGGGUUGGUUAUGGUACUUUGAGUUUGCAUGAUAUAUUAAAUCCUUCUCUUGUAAGCUUCAAAAAUAAUAUGCUGGGUAUUAAUAGUGGGGUUGCAAGUCUAGGCAUUGGUGGUGGUGCAACUACUUCAAGAACUGAAGAUGAAGUUGGUUAUACAAAUAAUGGAAAUGGUGCAAUUCUAAAAAUUGGAGAAUCUUCUGCAAAUAAUUUGGCUCCUAUUGAAGAAGAAUCAUCUGAUUCCGAAUCUUCUGGGCUUGAUCUGUCGCUUAAACUUUAAAUUCAGUUUUUGUGUUUGUUUUUUAAUG